GUAAGAGAUCAGCUCCGUCUCAAUCGGAGGCUCAGCUGCUUCGCCCAAUUGUAAUUAACUGCUUUUUGAGAAUUGCUGUCAUAUCCCAAUACUCAUGAAUCACAGUAUGGCAUCUUUAGUAUGCUCUCCAUACACAAGAUUGUCGUGUACUCUUCCCCAUGUGCGGCGUCAUCACCCCAACAAAUCUGUGAAGCAUAAGAAUAAUAAUAUUAUUCUUAAUGGAGGAACCUUUCCCAAAAUGCCCCUUAAACUGCUGCCUGUUUGCUGUUCGAACCCCUCUUCAUGGGAACCUGCACCCUAUGCUCUCAAAGGUGAUGACAAAACAAGAUUUCUAGAAGGGACAGCUAGUUUAUUUGACACUAUGAUUCCCAAAAAAAGUGAAGAAGAAGAAGAAGAAGAAGAAGAAGAUUCAAUAAACAAAAUCAAUACUACAGAAUCAAGUAGUGAGAGGGCUGUGAAGAUUCAAUACUUUCAAUGGCCAAUGUGGCUUGUUGGACCGGUCCUGCUUUUAGCCACAGGAGUCGUACCCACUCUAUGGCUACCCAUUUCAUCGGUCUUCCUCGGACCCAACAUAGCCAGCCUUCUUUCUCUGACAGGUCUCGACUGCAUUUACAACCUGGGAGCCACCCUCUUCCUCCUACUUGCCCAUUCGUGCGCACAAAGACAAAUCCCAACUCAAAAUCCCAAAAAUGCCCCUCCUCUCACUUACCGGCUAUGGAACAUGUUUGCGAGCAUUGUUGGACUUAUGAUCCCCGUGGCAGUCAUGUUGGGUUCUCAAAAGGGUCUGGUUCAGCCCCAUCUGCCCUUGAUUCCUUCCGCGGUUCUUCUGGGCCCCUAUCUUCUGCUUCUCUCAAUUCAGAUGCUCACGGAGUUGCUGACGUGGCACUGGCAGUCCCCGGUGUGGCUGGUCACGCCGGUGGUGUAUGAAGGCUACCGGUUGUUGCAGCUGAUGAGGGGCUUGAAGCUGGGCGCAGAGCUAAGUGUGCCCUCAUGGAUGCUGCACACAACCAGGGGCCUUGUCUGUUGGUGGGUAUUGAUCCUCGGCGUUCAGCUCAUGGCAGUCGCUUGGUACGCCGGUUUCGCUGCUAGUUCUGAUCAUCGACAAAAGCUGCGUGGUCUUGCCGCCGGCAAUUCCAACUAGUUUGUUGGCAUGUGCUCUCUACUGUUUUUUUUUUGGUGAUGUAUAUGAAAAAUUGCAGUGUUUUUUUUCUCUCUUUCUCUUUUGGUUUCUGCCAACACAUGGGAGGAAUAUAGAGGAUAAAAUCAUGUUUUUAUUUAUACAACGAUUUGUGCGCUUUAUGGGAUGUUGG